AAACUAAUGUGCACUCUACGACAAAGGGCUGACCUUUUUUGGUCUUGAACAUUUGAAAAAUAUGCUUGCUGCCUUGCAGAAUCUGCAUGAAGCCGAUUCUACACGCACGCCUAUAUGCAAAUAAUCCCAUUUCCCUCCUAAUUUUCUAUUCUGCUGCAGCAGGUAACCACCGACUCUACCUUCUGUUUACUGCCUACCUUUGCAGAAAGUCACUUCAGAGAGUCUUGCUGUGCCCUCAUCUGAUAGACAGAGCUGCUGGAUGGCUGCUUUGCUCUCAGCCCUUUUAAAGUUAUAGGCAAUAUUCAGAUUGUUUUGUCUGUUUCCUUGUUAUAUAUAUUUGAUUCUGUUUUUACCUCCACCCAACCCCCCAUUCCUUUGCCUAUUUAUGCAGUGGUGUUUUCCAGAUAUCCAUCCUCAGUAACCUCCACCCUCUUGGCCCGCCUCACGUGGGAUGUGUAGUGUGAGAGCACUGGUGGAGAUUUGAUCCCACUUUGCUACAGUAGGCUAUAAGAGGUGUGGCAUAGUCAAUCAUGGGGGAUUCGAUCUUCAACUGCUGUUAUGUCCCACCCCACCCCUCAGGCGACAGGGAGCCCCCCGGGUCCAGACGCGCAGAGAUCAUGGCCUCCCACAUCUCCAACGACAAGCGCUUCCUCAUCUUCUUCGACUUCGACGAGACGAUUGUGGACGAAACCAGCGACGACAUGGUGGUGCAGGCCGCACCGGGUCAGCACCUGCCAGGUUGGCUGAAGGACACCUACCAGCCCGGCCGCUACAACGAGUACAUGCAGCGCGUACUGGCCUACCUGGCGGAGCAGGGCGUCACGGAGAGCGACAUGCGUAACGUCAUGGAGAAGAUGCCGGCAACACCUGGCAUGCUCACCCUCCUUCAGUACCUCCGCACCCGGCCCCAGACGGACUUUGAGGUGGUGCUGUUGUCCGACGCGAACACCUUCUUCAUCGAGUCGUGGCUCCGACGCGCAGGGGCUCGCCAGCUCUUCCACCGGAUCUUCUCCAACCCCGCCACGUUCAACAAGGACGGCCGACUCGUGAUGCGGCCCUUCCACUCCCACGACUGCCCUCGGUGCCCAGACAACAUGUGCAAGCAGGUGGUGGUCAGGGACUACGUGGCCCGCAGGACUCAGGAGAGAGGCCGUCCGUACCAGAGGGUCUUCUACGUGGGGGACGGAGCCAACGACUUCUGCCCCGCGCUCUCUCUUGGGCCCCGGGACGUGGCUUUCCCGCGGAGGGAGUUCCCCAUGCACAGGCUGAUCACAGAGACCCACGAGGCCAUGCCCGGGGAGUUCAAGGCGGUCACAGUGCCGUGGGCGAACGCAGAAGACGUGGUGCAGAGGCUGAGGAAGCACGUUGUAGAGUAGAGGGUCACGGGUAGAGACAGAGGGGAAGAUGACACUAUUAGUCAAAUCCUCAGAUAAAGUAUUCAAGGCAAUAAACCUGCACGUGCCUUCAGCUCCUCAUGUUUUGGUCCAGAGGUCAGGCCAUCUUUACCAUCAGCAGGUUAAUGAUUCUCAGCAACCUUAAACAAUUAGCCUUAACCUAAUGUUUGUUAUAAAUUCAUUAUUGGGUGUAAGGAUGUAUCUUUAUGGUUGAGUGUAUUGUAUCACUAAUAUCCUUCAAUGGGACUUGCGUUGCUUCCAAACGGGGUCACUAUGAGAUCAGUACAAGUACUUCAAUAGCAUAUAUUAAAAAUAGAAAGGAAAAAAAGACUAUAUGGACAGUUAAACUAACUUAAUGUCUGGUAACUUUUUAAUUUCAAGUUUAAGUGUGUUUUACUACAAACUGCACUUUAAGAAUAUGAAAUAAGACUUUAUAGUCUCAGUAAAUAAAAUCAGAUAUGAUGACAAUGGGCAUUUCAACAUAUCUGCAAUAUUUUAUUUUUUUUGGGGGGGGAUUCUCAGAAUAGGUCUGAUUAACAUAUAUGUUAUGACUUUGUUGUAAGAGUGUUUUUGUUUGUUGGAACAUGUCAAUCAGUCUGUUGUGUCGUCACUGUGUGGGCUAGGCCUACUGAAGAACUAAUGAUCACCAGCAGGAAUAAAGCCAUCAACUGAAA